UAUUAGUUCUAAAGAGACUUUUAACUAGUUCCAUCUUCUUAAGAAACAAAUUCUUGCCUAUUUUUCUGUCUUUUUAGGAGUUCUAAAUCUAAGCUAAAUGUCACCCUUAUUUCUUCCUGUGCACUUGCAACCCCCUCUUGGCCCAUAACUUAUGUAGUUCAAGCGAGAUAAAAUCCAGCUUCCAUGGUGUUUAUGGGCCUGCUUUAUGCUGCCAUCCACAGAGGUCCUCCUCCGGCGAUGGCGUGUAUCUUCAUGCUGCCUUCUGCCUGCUGCCUGCAACAACAACAACAGCAGCAGCGUCAACGUGGCAUGCAAAAUUGAUGGUUGCGUUGGGUGGCUGCUGGGUUGGUUGGGGCUUAAGUAGCUGCUUUAUGGGCAACCAAGAAGGAGGACCAGUAGGAUAUCUAAGGGAGUUAAGGAUAUGGAACUUGUUAACUGCCUGGCAGGACCAAAUUUAAUACCAGAAAUCAAUCUUGUGGCUCUUCAAUCAAUUGAUUACGAUGCCAAAGAUUGCUCAGCUUGUUAA